AGAAAAUGUCAUGUGGCUCCAGCUACAGCCAACCAGGAGACAUCCUCCAACAGUAUUGAAAAAAUCAAUGUUGCACCCAUCUCCAACUCCCAGAGUCUUAAAGGGCAGCAGGACUGGCUUGGGUUUCCAAACCCAGCUCAAACCUGUUACAUGAACUCCAGCCUGCAGAGCUUGCUCACACUGACGGACUUCAUCACGUCAAGACGUCAGCAGCCAGGAGGAGGUGUGGUGUUCACUGCAUGAGGCUAAACUGAUCAGAAAACUUAUAGACAUCUUGAGGUGCCACAAAUCCAUUGACUCCAGCCUCAAACUCAAAGCACUGAAAUCUUUCAAGAGGGCAGUCUCUAAACAGGCUCCUGAGUUCAAGGGUCACCACCAAAAAGACGCUCAUGAAUUCCUGACAACCAUCCUGAAUCAGAUCAGGAGUUUGUCCCCCCUACUGCAGGGAGUAGCUGCCUGUGAGGACAAAAGCUACACAUGCCCUGUUGAGGACCACUUGGUCUUUAGGAUGCAGAACACCAGGACCUGUAAAAGUUGUGGUGCCCAGUCUACCAGGCAGGAAGACUUCAGCAACCUGUCUCUGAAUCUUGCACCUGGAGGUUCAGUCCAGCAGAUGCUCCAGGAUUACCUCAUGGAGACGGAGCUGGACUUCCAUUGUGAAUGCGGGGGCAACAAAUCUGGCCAGCAGUCCACUUUUGCCACCCUGCCAAAAGUCUUGAUGCUUCAUCUGAAGCGUUUUCAAUUUACUCCGUUUCUCCAGCUGGAGAAGCUGAGUGACCCUAUUGACCUUUACAGGGAGCUGUUAGUGACCUCUGCCCAGGCUGACGGUUGGUACAGUCUGGCGAGCGUCAUCAGUCAUCUAGGCUCUGGAGGGAAUGAAGGACACUAUGUGAGUGACGGGAUGCACCCAGACACACAGCUGGACGACCCUGCUGACCUCUGGCUCGCCUUUAAUGACACAAAGGUCACAGAGAGCACCGGGGCCGCCGUCUGCAAACAACGCCAGCGAACGGCCUACGUCCUGUUCUACCAGAGACGGGUAAGAGAACAAGACUAUCAACCAGACACCAGACUCUGAUGUUGUUUAAAUAUAGUCCACAAAAACCUUGUUGUUCAGACAUAUUGUUACAUCCACCAGCUCUGUGCUGACUGAUUAUUUCGUGUCUGUUCUCAGUUGUAAAGCAUCCAGAUGGUGGGACUUUGUGUCGCAGGCUCCAGAAGAUGAUCCAGCUGCAGUCCAAUAGUCACAAAUAUUUGUCCUAUAUCUUUAUUCACCACUGUUCUCCUUCACA